AUGAAUCCCCCUAAUUUUUAUGGUACUAAGGUGGAGGAGGACCCACAAGGGUUUAUUGAUGAAGUGUUCAAAGUUCUUGAUUAUAUGGGUGUUUCUUCUCAAGAAAAGGCGGAAGUAUCCGCCUAUCAACUUAAAGAUGUGGCUCAAGUUUGGUAUGAGCAAUGGAAGGAUGAGAGUCCGGCUAUGCUGAUUCUUAGCAUGAAUAUCUCUCUUCUCAUGGUUCAUGCCGAACAAAUUGACAAGAUAAAGCUUAAGCAAGUUGGUAGGGACUUGAUGAAGGCAAGAACCGAAGAUGGAAAUUCUUCCCAGACCAAAUUUAAGGGGCAUGACAAACAAAGGUCGAAAAAGAGGUUUUCCAACCAAGGCCCUCCUAAUUCUCCAAGGGUCAAAAAGAUUAAGAGAUUGCCCUUUGAUGAAGACUCAGGGAAGGGAAAAUACUCAAUCUCAAGCAAUUGCUCCAAAAAGGAUGCUCCUAAGAAGAAUAACUUUUAUGUUCUUCAAUCCCAAGGUGAUCAAGAAAGCUCACUGGACGUGGUUACCGAUAAGGGUUUUAGUCAACCAAGCAUAUCUCCAUGGGGUUCCCCGGGAUUGUUUUUGAAGAAAAAGGAUGGGUCUUUGAGAAUGUGUAUCGACUACCGUGAAUAUAACAAAGUCACUAUAAAGAACAAGUACCAGCUCCCUAAGGUUUAUGUCUUGUUUGAUCAACUCCAAGGAGCGAGUUACUCUCCAAAGAUUGACUUGAGGUCGGGUUAUCAUGAACUUAGAGUGAGGGAGGCUGAUAUUUUGAAAUGGCAUUCUGAAAAAGAUAUGGUCACUUUGAACUCCUAG